AUGAAGAACACAGUUAAUUGUAACAGUGCUGUUGUUCUUGCAUUCUUCGUUGCUUUCACAUGCAUUCCCUUCACCAUUGCCCGACAAACCCAUGCAGAUAACCAAAGAAGGGUGUUUCGUUACAGUGACGAGUUGAGUUCUGGAGGCGAGUUCGACUCAGUUCUAUCGACCCUAACCUUCGACAACUCCAGGCUUAAGAAUGCCUACGUUGCUUUGCAAGCAUGGAAGCAAGCCAUUGUGUCCGAUCCAUUGAACUUAACGUCAAAUUGGGUGGGAUCCAAUGUGUGCAACUACACUGGAGUCUUCUGUUCCCCUGCUCCCGAUGACCCCGCUGUCGAAACCGUAGCCGGAAUCGAUCUGAACCACGGCGACAUCGCCGGAACGCUCCCGGAUGAACUCGGACUCCUUAACGAUAUUUCAUUGUUUCACGUUAAUUCGAACAGGUUUUGCGGCAAGCUGCCAUGGAGUUUCAAGGAAAUGAAGUAUCUUUACGAGCUGGAUGUCAGCAACAACCGGUUUGCAGGGAAGUUUCCUUACGUCGUUCUUCGUAUGCCGACACUACGAUAUCUCGAUCUCAGGUUCAAUGAGUUCGAAGGUCAAGUACCCAAAGCUCUGUUUGAGAAAAACCUUGACGCCAUUUUCAUGAACCAUAACAGGUUUGCUUUUGACCUGCCUGAUAACUUUGGGAACUCGCCUGCUUCGGUCAUCGUUUUGGACAACAACAGGUUCCGUGGUUGUUUUCCGGCAAGCAUGGGAAACAUGUCCAACACGUUGCAUGAAUUGAUUCUGAGUGACAAUGGGUUGCAUUCAUGUCUACCGGAACAGAUUGGAUCGUUAAAGAACGUGCAAGUUUUUGAUGUAAGAAAUAAUGAACUGAUGGGUGUUUUGCCUUCCUCGAUUGGACACAUGGAGAGCUUGGAACAUCUCGAUUUGUCACACAAUAUGUUCUCGGGGGCUGUUCCUGAGCACGUGUGUUCGAUGACGAAUUUGCAGAAAUUUAAUUACAAUCAUAACUUUUUCCAUGGGGAGUCCCAGAUGUGUUUGGAUUUGGAGGAAUAUGACGACAGCAAGAACUGUUUCCAUGGCCUUGGAAGAUCGGUUCAAAGAUCCAGAUUGCAGUGUAAAAUGUUUCUUUCCAAGCCUGUAAAUUGUAGUGUCUUUAAAUGCCAUCAAUUGGUUCCUCCGUCGCCACCUACACCUAAACCUGCAGUACCGCCACCUCCACCUAGUCCACACCGCCCUUUUUCGCCGCCACCUCUACCACCAUGUCAACAAUUACAAUCACCUCCACCACCGCCAAGUCCUACGGAUUAUAACCCAUUGCCACCAAUCAACGCAAGAAACUAUAGUUCUCCACCACCGCCACUCUACUGA